AUGGAUGAAAACUGCGAGGAGAUUCAGGUGCCUAUCGGAAUUCUAAAAUCGAUAGGUUUUAGCAUUUCGAAUAACAAAGAUCGAGAGAAAAUGGCUGUUAUGGAGGUUGAAGCAGCGAAUCAGGUGACCGAUUCACGACUAGGGCUCCCGAAUCCGGAUUCGGUAUGCAGAACAUGUGGCAGCAAAGAUAGGAAAGUUUGCGAAGGGCAUUUCGGGGUUAUUAAAUUUCGUCACUCGAUAAUUAACCCAUAUUUCCUUAAGGAGAUAGCUGCAUUGUUGAACAAAAUCUGCCCGGGCUGUAAAUACAUAAGGAAAAAGCAAUUUCAGAUUACCGGAGACCAGCCUGAGAGAUGUCGAUAUUGCACUUCAAACACAGGUUACCCUCUAAUGAAGUUUAGGGUAACCACUAAAGAAGUCUUUAGGCGAUCCGGUAUUGUCUGCGAAGUCAGUGAAGACAAUCUACUGAAACUCAAGAAACGGGGGGUAUUAGUAUUACCUACCGACUAUUGGAGCUUUUUGCCUAAGGACUCCAAUAUCGACGAAAGCUGCUUGAAACCAACGAGGCGGAUAUUAACGCAUGCACAGGUUUAUUCUCUGUUAUGUGGGAUUGAUCAGAGGCUAAUUAAGAAGGAUAUCCCCAUGUUCGACUCUCUUCCUCUGACAUCUUUUCCAGUUACACCAAACGGUUACCGUGUAACCGAAAUGGUCCAUCAGUUCAACGGUGCUCGACUAAUCUUUGAUGAACGGACUCGAAUCUACAGGAAAUUAGUUGGCUUUGAGGGGAACAUGCUUGAAUUGAGUUCUCGUGUGAUUGAAUGCAUGCAAUAUUCCAGACUCUUUUCGGAAGCUGUGUCUUCGAGUCAAGAAUCCGCAAAUCCGUACCAGCAGAAGUCAGAUACUCCGAAACUGUGCGGUCUAAGGUUCAUGAAAGACGUGUUGCUCGGUAAAAGAAGCGAUCAUACGUUCCGGACAGUAGUUGUCGGUGAUCCAUCCUUGAAACUUCAUGAGAUUGGCAUACCGCGGAGGAUCGCGGAAAGGCUUCAAGUAUCAGAAAAUCUUAACAACUGGAACAGAGAACGGCUUGUCACUUCAUGUUUCCACAGACUGCUCGAGAAAGGAGAGGUUCAUGUCAGAAGAGGAGAUAGCUUAGUGGCUAUUCGAGUAAUCGAUGACCUCCAGAACGGAGACAACAUUUUCCGGACUUUAACAGAUGGAGAUACUGUGCUGAUGAACAGACCGCCUUCAAUUCAUCAGCAUUCGCUUAUUGCUAUGAAAGUUAGAGUCCUCCCGACAACUUCCGUCGUCUCCUUGAAUCCAAUCUGUUGUUUGCCGUUUCGUGGUGAUUUUGAUGGAGAUUGUCUUCACGGUUAUGUUCCACAGUCGGUACAAGCGAGGGUGGAGCUCGAUGAGCUUGUGGCUUUGGAUAAACAGCUUAUUAACAGACAAAACGGUCGGAAUUUGCUUUCAUUAGGACAGGAUAGCUUGACGGCAGCUUAUCUGGUUAAUGUCGAGAAAAACUGUUUCUUGAAUCGAGCGCAGAUGCAGCAGCUGCAAAUGUAUUGCCCAUUUCAGCUUCCUCCACCUGCAAUUAUCCGAGCUUCUCCUUCGAGCAGCGAGCCUCAGUGGACCGGACUGCAGCUAUUCGGGAUGCUGUUUCCUCCUGGGUUUGACUACGCUUACCCUCUGAACAAUGUGGUUGUGAGUAACGGAGAGCUGUUGUCUUCCUCUGAAGGAUCUGCUUGGCUCCGGGAUGGAGAAGGGAAUUUCAUCCAGGGAUUGCUCAAACAUGACGAAGGGAAAGUGCUUGAUAUCAUCUAUUCAGCUCAAGAAAUGCUCUCUGAGUGGUUGCUGAUGCGAGGAUUGAGUGUAUCCUUAGCUGAUUUGUACCUUUCCUCUGAUCCGCAGUCUCGGAGAAACUUGACAGAGGAGAUAACAUACGGAUUGCAGGAAGCUGAACAAGUCUGCAACAAGCAGCAGCUAAUGGUUGAAUCCGGUAGAGAUUUCCUUGUGGUUGACGGAGAAGAAAAGGAAGAGGAGGAUUUGGUGGCAGAUUUGGCUCGGUUCUGCUGCGAGAGACAGAGAUCAGCGGCGCUAAGUAAACUUGCCGUUAGUGCUUUCAAGGAUGCCUAUAGAGAUGUUCAGGCAUUGGCAUACAGGUACGGUGAUCAAUCAAAUUCGUUUUUGAUAAUGUCGAAAGCCGGUAGCAAAGGAAAUAUAGGGAAGCUGGUUCAGCACAGCAUGUGCAUUGGUCUGCAGAACUCGUCAGUUGCAUUAUCCUUCGGGUUUCCACGCAAGCUGACUUGUGCUGCUUGGAACGACCCGAACAGUCCGCUUCGCGGUGCAAAUGGAGAAGGCAAAACUGCUACUGAGUCCUUUGUUCCGUACGGAGUCAUUGAGAACUCGUUUCUAACGGGUCUGAACCCGUUGGAAUCUUUUGUUCAUUCUGUAACAAGUCGUGAUAGCUCCUUCAGCGGUAAUGCUGAUCUUCCGGGGACACUUAGCAGAAGAUUGAUGUUCUUUAUGCGGGACAUAUAUGCUGCUUAUGACGGAACAGUGAGAAAUUCGUUCGGGAACCAUAUAGUACAGUUUUCUUAUGAGACUGAUGAUCCCGCAGAAGAUAUAAACGGCGAAGCAGUCGGGUCACUUUCAGCUUGUGCCUUAUCUGAGGCAGCUUACAGUGCGCUGGACCAGCCAAUCAGCCUUCUUGAAACUUCGCCGCUUCUGAAUCUUAAGAAUAUCUUGGAGUGUGGAUCGAAGAAAGGUCAACGAGAACAGACAAUGUCUUUGUAUUUGUCUGAAACCCUUUCUAAGAAAAAGCAUGGGUUCGAAUACGGGUCACUGGACAUCAAGAACCACUUGGAGAAACAUAGUUUCUCAGAGAUCGUUUCAACUACCAUGAUAAUAUUCUCUCCGAGCACUAACACAAAGGCACCUUUGAGCCAGUGGGUUUGCCAUUUUCAUAUCUCCGAGAAAGUAGUGAAGCAGAAACAACUGAACGCCGAAUUGAUUGUCUCUGCAUUAAACAAGCAGUAUAUAAGCAGGAAGAAAGAACUGAAGCUUGAUUUAGUUGAUUUACUCAUAGAAAGCACAAACCACUGCUCUUCAGACGAGAAGGCAAUGGAGGAUGAAAGUUUCUGCAUCACGGUUACUGUAGUCGAAGCCUCCAAGCAUUCUUCUUUAGAACUCGAUGCUAUUCGACUCGUCUUGAUCCCUUUUCUUCUCGACUGUCCUGUCAAAGGCUACCGAGAGAUUAAAAAGGUGGAUAUUUUAUGGGUUGACCGACCAAAAGCGCCAAAAAGGAACGGAGAUCAUUUGGCUGGUGAGCUUUUCUUGAGGGUUACUAUGUAUGGAGAUCGGGGCAAAAAGAACUGUUGGAGUGCUCUUCUUGAAACCUGUCUUCCCGUGAUGGAUAUGAUUGAUUGGAGCCGUAGCCAUCCUGAUAAUAUCCGUCAGUGCUCCUCGAUUUAUGGAAUAGACGCUGGACAGAGCAUUUUCCUAGCAAAUUUGGAGUCUGCUGUUUCAGAUACCGGUAAGACGAUACUACGGGAACAUCUGCUUCUUGUAGCUGAUUGUCUCUCUGUUACUGGGGAGUUUGUGGCAUUAAAUGCCAAAGGUUGGAGUAAACAAAGACAGGUCGAGUCAACGGCUGCACCGUUUACUCAAGCAUGCUUCUCGAGCCCAAGUCAAUGCUUUCUCAAAGCUGCAAAGGAAGGUGUCGUAGACGAGCUUCAAGGAUCUAUCGACGCAUUGGCUUGGGGAAAAGUUCCGUGUUUUGGAACUGGAGAUCAAUUCGAAAUCAUCAUUUCGCCAAAGGAUCACGGAUUUACUAAACCCGUAGACGUGUAUGACCUUCUGAGUAGUACAGCGACACUUCCAAAGACAGGAAUGUUGCGUGCAACAAACCCUUUGCCCAAAUCAGACAAAUUCACGGUCCUGCCAUUCCACUUGCUAGAUACCGCAGUCCCGAAAGCAAUUAAGGCACUCAUUGGGAAAGGGAUUUCCAAGGCGCAGCUCAGAAAGAUCUUUACAUGGGACGAUGUCGAGAGGCUUUCUCGGUCACUGAAACGCAUACUCAACAAUUACGAGAUCGAUGCUCCAUUGAAUGAGAGGGAUGAAAGAUUGUUAAUGAUGGCUCUGCUCUUCCACCCCAACAGAGCUGAUAAAAUAGGACCAGGCUUCAAAGGAAUCAGGGUCGCUAAUUCUAAGCACGAAAAUGCCCGCUGCUUCGAGGUUGUAAGGAUAGACGGAACAACAGAAGAUUUCUCUUACCACAAGUGUGUAUUGGGAGCAACAGAGAUCAUUGCCCCGACGAAAAUGAACUUCUACAAGUCCAAGUACCUUAAACGCGGUACGGUCAAGCCCGUUACUCUCUAA